GCAUUUCGUGGCUCCGGCAGGGUGUGGAUCCUUCUGGGAAGAAGGCUGGAAGGGCCUGGGUCCAUGGACCUGUUGUUCGGUAAGACUUGGCGAUGAAGUGGGCUGGGAGAAAAUUUUAAUAGAAAAAGGGUACUCCGUAUAAGAGAAAGAGAAUAAGUCAGAGAGCGAUGGAUGCCAAGCUACGCCAGGUUGUUGACUGUAGGCGAGAAGCCACUUGAUGCAAAAACGGCGGAAAGGCACCGAAAAAGUACAUAUACAAUUCAGCGCCUGUGUGGAUGUACAGUACUUGAUGCGUACCUAUGGUUUGAAGACUUCUGUUUAAAGUUACACUUUGCUCUGUGGCUCUCGAUUCUCUCGUCGCUUCAUUCCUCACUCGCAAGCCACCGCCUAGGAAGAGAGCUCGCAACACGAUUUCAACCUUUGAUUUCCCUCGCCACCACCAACAGAUGCUUUGGAUCCCAACAUCUUGUUGUACUCGUAAUACAGAGGACGGACCACCGUCCGGCAUUCGGAUUCUUUGUGCGAUUCUUUACGCGAUUGGCUGCUAACAAACAGACAACCCUUCUGUUGGACCCCCUGGCUUCGAGUCGUGUCACGCAAAACCAGGAUUGCAAUCCUCAUUAGCCAGACUUGGCAGCGACGGCCGAUGGACCUCUUUGGCCGGGCUCUCCAGAAGAAGUUUUUUUUUCUCUCUGUGCUCCAUCUCGACCCGCUUUAAUCUGAUCAUCAGAUAAAGCCAUUGAUCAAGCUAAUUUUCCAUCUUGACUCUUUCGGGACACCAUUGCGCCGAUUUUUUUCGCCUCUCUUAAUCUAAUCGAUCGGAUCAGGCAGACGCGUUUGGGCAGACGCUAGAAAACGAAUAUAUAACUUGUACCACGGCCG